UACCGCAGUAAUUUGGCAAUCAUCUUGUUUUAUCACACUGAUGACUGGCAUUUACCUGAUAAUUGAAGUAAUGGUGCUUUUUUAGACUUAGACGUUAUCUAAUGAAAAGAACAGUUGUGAGAUUUUCCGUUUGCCCGAUGUGCUGACGGUAGGGGUUCAUACGCAAGAGAGCUAUGGGCGGGUGAUGAUUAAACUUGCCCGUUUGAAGACGAUCUCACUACCCAGUGAUGUGCGGCCGAAUUUGUUUUUUUUUUUUUUUUUACCUCCAACUCCUUUUUGUAUGAAUGAUUUAAUAAGUGUGUAAGCAGGCCAAGAUGAGCUGGACUACGCAAAAUACAAACUUUUUUCAGUAUUUCCCGGGCGGUUCGCCAAACGCAAGCGCAUGCUUGCCGAUCGUUGUAAAGUAUUUCGAUGAGACUUUUCAGGCUGACGGCUUAUGGAUGGGACUGGGAUUUCUGUUUGGGUUUAUUAUUGGAGCUGCCAUUGUGGCGAUAUGUGCACGACCAUGUCUGCGAGAUAUCGCCAAGAAAAAGUACCAGGAAGAGGAAGAGGCUGGGGCAGACCAAAUGGGUGUAAGCGUGAGAGAGUAUCGUCAGAUGAAGGGCACUACAUCCAUGGGAGGGAUGGAUGUUGAGGCAGGCAAAAAGAAAACCAACUACCCUAUGUAUAUUGAGGCUGAAUUGGUCGAUAAGGGAAAACGGAAGAGUUCAAAGAAGUCAAGGAACAAAAUGGCUAUUGACGAGGAGGAAGGUGAUAUCUCAGAUGUGAAAGUUGUCAACAGUCGUGGCUUGGCCGAUGCGCUAGUACAGAAUAACAGUGAUGGAGCCGAUGCAGAGUUAAUAUCACAAGAUUUCGAUGCUGUAAUUUCUGUGGAUAAAAGCUUUCAAACAGAAAGACAAGAGGCUUUCUUAGGAGUUUUGCGCAUUCUCUUAAACAAGUUAAAAAACAAGGAUAAACUUGAAGAAAACUUCUGUAAGAACUUUCUGAAGAAAGCUGAAGAAGACAUGAAUGAUAUAAUAAAGAUGUGUGAGAAAGAAAAAGAGGAAGAAACUGAGGAACUAAAAAAGAAUUCCAAGCGGGGGAAAGAUCCACAAGCUUUAGAAAACGAAAUAGAAAAGCUUGAUCCAAAAUAUAAUCAAAAGAUGAUAAACUUAUUAAAAGAACACAGACAGAAAUUACGAGGAGAAUUAACAAAGUCAUCAGGGCUGACAGAGGCAGAGGUUGAUGCUUUAUUUCUGAAGUUGAAGCGUAAUAUGGCAAAUCUGGAGGAAAAACUAGCCAAUGAAAGGCUAAGAUGUUCAGCAGCUCUGGAAGAGCGUUUAAAACGUAGACGGCAUUUGGCACUGAUGAAGCAGCUCCAGGACAAGGGCGAUAACGAGGAGUUCACGCUGCGACAAGAGUCCCUGGAUAAUGUGAUUACGGACAUGGUGCAGGAUGGGAAACUCUUGGAGAAGCAGCGGGAUGAAAUACUGGCAGGACACUCAAACAACCUGACAAACCUACAGGAGCGAUUUUUAGCAGAGAAUAAGAGAAGUCAGCUAGAACUUGCUGAGAAAUUACGCCACAGACGAGAAAUGAGACAGCGAAAACUGAUGUCGAAACAUCAGAAGGAAUGUCAGCAUUUCGUCACAAUGUCUGAUAAAGAGACUAGUACAGAUAACUUUGUGGAGGGUUUCCACCAGUUGUUAGAACAGCAGAGAUUUGAACAGGAGCAUUUUGCUGAGGAAACCGACAAAAUGGAAAUCCUGGAAUUUGAAAAACUCAGGAAGGACCAAUCAAAAGAUAAACAAACUCAGCUAGAUAAAGAGGAAGCCAAGAUGGUUCGGAUGCUCCAGGACGAGUCCAAGCUGAGCACCAGGGAAGCCGAUAGGCUUAUCAAGCUGUAUCAUCAACAAACGGAUUAUUAUAAACGGCAGCAGCUACAGGAGAGGCAGGCACAACAGAUGGCGCUACAACAGAAGAUAGAGCUCAGGCGUCAGAAAAUUGAAGAGGAAGAACAGAUUGUUGAAGCAGAGCAGAGAGCUUUCAUGGAUCAGCAAGAAGACACUGUGCAGAAGACUAUAGAAUUUAACAUGGAGCUAGAGGAAGAUGACAAAGCUCGACUCCUUGAAGAACACCGUCAAAACAUGCUUGCCCUGAACAACCAGUUACAGAUGAGUCGUAUGAAGCAGAAGAAAAACCUGGAUCGUAGACUCAGCCAACGACGGGCAAGACUGGCUGACUGGAAGCAAAAUCAAGAAGAUGUCAAGAGAAAGAAAACAGAAAAGAAUUUGAAAGAAAGAGAAAAAGUUGCCAAAGAGCUGGAGAAAACAUUGGAGCUGGAAGAGAGGAAGAUUGAGGAGGAGAGAGAAAUUGCCAUAGAUGAACUGCGUAAAAAUCUGGCCUUGGAGACAGAAAUGUUACUGAAGGCGCAAGACUCAGAGCUGGGACUUCUUAUUGGUAGACUACAGGUUGGUCAGGCCAGAAGACAGGCUAUCUUACAGAAACAGGACAAGACUCUUCAGGAGCUACAGAGUCAGCUGGAGAAGAAAGUGACGGAGGAGGCUCAGCUACCUCGCAGUGAGACGGAUCAGAUCAUCCAGCAGCAUUACAACCAGGUGGCUCACCUCAACCAGCAGGUACAGAUGAGUCGUCAGCGGCAGGAGCAGGUGUUACAGGAGAAACUACAAGCCAAGAAACUACGCAAAUCCAGGGAAAUAGAAAGUGUGUUAAAACAGGAAGUCCAGGAGGAUUAUCUUAGACAGAGGCAGAGGGGCUCAGGACUCGCCUCCAGUAUAUUUAGCCAGACACUGAUGGAGCAGAGGCACAGACAGAAGCUGGCUAAUCUGGAGAGAGAGAUGAUGUUAGAGAUGGAGAGACAGAAGGAUGAGCUGAACCAGCAGUUGGAGGUGGAGCUGCAGACUGAACUACAGAACCAAAAGAAAGACUUCCUGGCUCAGUUGGCUGCCAUUAGUGCUCUGUCCAGAAAUGAGCUGGAUGAGGUGGUUGAAGCCACAGUGGCUACAAAGGGAGGUGACACUAAAACAGCCAAGAAAUUGGCUAAAGACUUGCGUCAGGAUUUGAAGCGGGCAAAGACUUCCCUGGGGAUGGAUGAGGAAGAGGAGGAUAGAGGUCUGCCAGAGUUGGCGGGUAUGAGGAGGCCUAAAACGAGUCUGGGCCAUUAUGACAAUGGUGGCUUUGAAGAUGAGAAACCUUAUCGUGCCAGGUCUGGAAAGAAAAAUAAAUUCUUGAAGCGACCAAAAGAGGCAUUUGCUGCAGAGUCUUCUCGAGCUUACACACCCCCUGGAGAUGAUGAUGAUGACUUCUGAUCUGUGUAAAUAAUUCAUUGUACGUACCUGUGUUUGCUGUUCAUUAUUACAGAGUAUUGUGAGAGAGAAGGGAGUCUAGUGAUGAUUGUGAAAAGCCCCGAUGUUCAAAAGUGGAUCAGGACGAUAUUGUUUUCAUACUUUAGUGCCAUUUACUUUAUAUUAGGAUGAGACUGGUAUUAAGAUAUAAGCCUGGGCAUAAUUUUCCUUAACCUUUUGAACAACUGGUCCCAGGUUAAAUUGUUUUGGAUCAGCUCAGGUUUGAUUUUAACUUUAACAAAGACAUUAUUUGAGGAUUUGUGUUGAGGUGGUGACAUUGAGAGGUUUGAUACACCCUCAUGUUUGUUUAGUUUCACCAUGUGCUAGGGGAAUGUAAUUUGUCUUUCUUUUUGUGUUAAAGCACCCCAGUUUUUGUGUGUUUAUAAUGACAAGCUGUUCUGACUAUCAAAACCCAUGUUUGUGUCAUCCAUAUAUAGGGUUUUGGGGAUGUUGAGUGAAUAAAAUGGAAAAUAACAUUCCCAGUUUAGGUUUCUUUCACCGUAAAGUUUGGCCAAUAAUGCAACACCUUUUCUUUUCACUGUAUUUCACAUUGAUCAUUCUUUUGUCUGUUAAGUGGUCAUUCUUGCAAAGGACAUUGUUAAUUAUUAUUGUACUUACCCAUCACCUUAAUUACUGUUUGAAACCUCAUUUAAGAACUUUGCUUUUGAAUAUUGUGUCCUGGCUUGCAUCUUGCAUACAGGUGACUAUGGACUGUAUUUUGACCAGUUGUGCUCUUUUUUCUGUUUUGGGCCAUAAACGAAAUACAAAACAUGAAUGUGGUCACAUGAAGGGGAAUCCAUUUUAUUAAUUUAAUCGUGUUAAAUUAAUUAACACGAAUGAAUUUUGAGAAAAUCACCUUAAGAAUCUUCUGACCUAAAUCUACUGCUGAACCAGCAGGAUUUGGUGGAAUGACUUGGUUAAAUGCUCAUUCCCGUAAUUUGUAUCAUAUUCACCGGUGUCGCACAUGAUUCUAUAAAGUGAUACCUUGGUCUUGAUGUACAUGUAUAAAGUUUUCUUAUGGUGUAUAAAGGCUGCAGUAUCAUCACCAACAUGGAAGAUUUAAAACUGAUUUAUAUAGUAUUUCACGAGUUGUCUUUUUCCAUCUUCAUUAUACAUGACACCAUUUUGAUGCAGCAAGAUGGUAAAAACUUCACUGAGGAUGUAUAUAUAUGCACAAGUAUAUAUUUUACACACACAUUUUGUGCUGAAUAUUCCUGCAUGUCCAAUCAUCUCUCUUAAUGGAAUUUUAAGGCUUUAAAGCCACAUUUUUUUUCUACACAUAUGUAUGGAACUUUUAAAUUUAUAUAUUAUUACACAUUAUAUAUAAGGUUACGUUUGUGUACAUGUUGAUAUGUAUUUCGAUAUUACUUUUACAUGCCGAACUUGAUAUGUAUCAGGGUGAUUUAUAUAAUAUGUCACAUAAAAGUUGUAAUGGACAAAUUAUGGUUUUCAGUGCUCAUGAAAAUAUCUGUUUGCAUGAUAAAUUUUGAUUUCUUCAGGGAAGAGAAUUUUUGAAUUUUUACUGAUCCAGGUAUGACCUUUUGAAAUUGUAUUAUACAAGUCUUGCCCAGCAUUGUACACAAAAGCAGGUGAGGAGUGACAGGAUGUAGGAUGGACUAGACCAGCUUGUCCAUUUUACACUGUGAAACUAAUAAAAUGUAUUACAAAAGAUGAUGCAAGCUGCAAAGGCGCAACAACAUCACAACUUGAUAACAUAUUUUUUACCCAUGUAACGUGUUACGUUUUGUUAGUUGAAUUUUUUUUGAUUGUAUAGCCAUUAAGUUUAUCGAGUUCACUUCAAAUCUAUGUAUGACGACGCCACGUAGGCUGAAGAAAUUUUGUUCAAAAACAAAGAGAAAAAAUUACCCUGUCAUGCAUAUAUAGUGAUGGUUGUAAAGCAUAACAUUUGCAAUACGAAUGAAGCACUUUAUUACC